CACGCCGCGAGCCUUCCUCGGUACUCUGUGUCCGUCAACGGGGAGUUCAAGUCUUUCCACCAUGCUGUCCUCUGCUCGCUGCCGAAUUGCGGCGGUGUCCGCCCGCUCUGCCGGCUUCGUCGCCCGUGCCAGCUACUCCUCGACCAUCCCUCGUCUACAGGCCAACGUUCCCCAAGCCAAUACUCCCUUGGCGGAGGUUUCCGAGGCCGCCGAACGCAGCCGUGAGCUUCAGGCCCCCAACCGCGCCAACACAUGGGCUGCCAGCCAGCGCCCGCGGGCGGAGGCCAUGUCUGGCCCUCGGUUCGAGCAGACCGUGAUGGAGAUGCAGCCCCAACCUAUGGCUGCCAUUGAGCUCAUUCACAAACAACCCGUCCGGUGGACCAAGAAGAGAGUUGUCGCAUGCGACGGCGGCGGUGGUCCGCUGGGACACCCCAAGGUCUUCAUCAACACGGAUAAGGCUGAGAUCGCUACUUGCGGCUACUGCGGCGUUCCCUUCGCCCAUGAACAACACCGUGCAUACCUCGAGUCCCUCCCCGCAACCAGCUACCCGCUCAAGGCAACGGGCGAUUCCGCUGAGGUGAACGAGACCCAGCGCGUCACGGAAGGAGGAUUAGAGCAACGGUAGACUAUGUUUCUUUGUUGUGGGUUGGCGUUGAUCACUUGUUUCCCUUGCCUAUCUUUUCUGCUGUGUGCCUUGGGGGAUAAUUAUAUUCUUAUCGGCCAUUUUUGUACAGUUCAGACCAGCCAGAUCGAUAGACGUAGUGUCAGAGUAAAAGAUCUCUUGAUUGUCUGCAUUUCACCGUCUCAGAUUUACCCGCCUAAACCACAUGACCUAUAAUUUGCAUCUUUUUAUACACAUAUGCCCACAGAAAAUUUUUCUAUCCAAGGUUCAUUCGCAUAAGCCCUCUAUCAGCCCGUCAAGCCUUCUCGCCCUGGAUAGUCGCGACGACGCGACGGCUGUGCCUGCUCGCCCGGAACUCCAAGUACCAAAUUCCCUGCCACGUCCCAGUCGCCAACCGGCCGUUUGUGAUGGGGAUAUUGAGCGAUGCGCCAAUAAGCGCGGAUUUAAUGUGUGC